CCCCACCUCGGGCUGACCCCGACCCCGCCGUCCCUCAGCCGCCGCCGCGGACCGGCCCCAUGAGCCGCCGGUGUUUCCUCGCGGCCGUUGCGGCGCUGCUGCUGCUGGGGGCACCCCGGGGUGCCGCGGGGGUCCCGGGGCGGCUCCCGGAGGACGCGGAGCAGGAGCACGGCUAUUACCUGCGGCAGCUCUUCGGGCAGUACGGGCACAACGGGACGCUGCCCUUCGAGGGGCUGGCACGGCUGCUGGGCAGCCUGGGGCUGGGCACGGUGCGGGUGGUGCAGAUCCAGCACGAGGAGCUGGGCCACGGCCACGCCGCCCACCUGGACCUGCUGGAGGUGCAGGAGGACAAGCACCGCCACCGGCACCCGCUGCGGGAGCACGGCGGGGCCGCGGCACCGGGCACCGGAGCGCCCCUCAGGUACCCGCCCCGUUCCUUCCCCGUGGGGCCGCGGCGGUUCGGGCUGUGCCGGUGGGGAUGGGCUCACCCCACACACCCCCUCCCCAUUUCCCGCAGCCCCCCGCCCUCCCGACCGCCCAGCUGGCACCACCCGGUGCCCACCGAGCCCCCCGGGGCCGCGGGGGUGCCCCGGCAGUACCGGCCCGGUCUCAGCCUGCUGGGCAGGGUGUUGGGCUUGGAGCACUCCAGCACCGACCACCCGCACGACGAUUGCCUGAACGGGACCCAACUGCUGCUGAAUUUCGGGCUGGACUCGGCGGCGCAGCUGACACCGGAGCAGUUCUCGCUGCUGUGCCCGGCGCUGCUCUACCAGAUCGACAGCCGCGUCUGCAUCCAGCACCGCGAUGAGGCGACACUGCCACCCCCGGGGGGGACCCUCUGGCCAGGUAACCCCAACCCCGCGGCCCCUCGCUGCUCCCCGGCCCCACAUCCCUCCUCCCGGGGCUCCCCGAGCUGCUCCCGGGGUCCCCCUCCCCAGGGGUGCCCGUGUCCCGGCCCGGGGCCCCGUCCCCGUUAUGGUGUGGGGGAUUCCGUCCCUGCAUCCCCCAGGCCCCCCUGCACUCCUCACCCCCCCUGGGGGUUCCCCGUUCCCGGUACCGGGGGGUGCCUGACGCCGCCGGCAGCGCUGGGCUGGGCGCUGCUGCCCGUUCCCGGUACCGGGGGGUGCCUGACGCCGCCGGCAGCGCUGGGCUGGGCGCUGCUGGCCGUGCUCUCGGUCAGCCUCCCGUCGGUGCUGGCGGUGCCGCUGCUCCCGCCGCGGGCCCGGGGCUCCCGCCGCUCGGUGUUCGCCUUCCUGGUGCCGUUGGCCGCGGGGACGCUCUGCGGGGACGCGCUGCUGCACCUCUGGCCGCACGCGAACGGGAGUCACCCGGAGGCACCGGGGGAGCCGAGCCCCGCCGUGCUGCAGGGGCUGGCGGUGCUGGCGGGCGUUUACCUGCUCUUCGUGCUCGAGCUGCUCCUCGGGGUGCUGCGGCACCGGCGGGAGGCCACGGUGAGAGCGAGACCGGGCACCGGGCGGGCACGGAGCCGCCACCGGGGCCGGCUCUGCACACACCGAAUCCGUUGUCACCAGGGACGCCCCCACGGAGAGACCCCCGGUAUAGCCGCGGGGGUCCCGGCGCCGUCACGGGCAGGCACCGAGCUGCGGCACCUGACGGCGCCGGAACCGGAGCUGGAGCCGGGACCCCCCGAGCCCCACCGGGAGCCCCACCGGGAGCCGCCCCCGGGAGCCUCUCACGGACACUCCCACGGACACUCCCACGGACACUCGCACGGCCCCGGGCCCGGUGCCGCUGACAUCGCGUGGAUGGUGGUGCUGGGAGACGGUGUCCACAACCUGACCGACGGGCUGGCCAUCGGAGCCGCCUUCUCGCACGGCCUCCCCAGCGGGCUCAGCACCGCCCUGGCCGUGCUCUGCCACGAGCUGCCCCACGAGCUGGGGGACCUGGCGCUGCUGCUGCGGGCGGGCGCUGCCCCGCGCUCGCUGCUGCUCCUCUCGCUGCUCUCGGCGCUGCUCUCGGCCCUGGGGGCGCUGGCGGGGGUCGCCCUGGGGGGCAGCGGGACCCCCCUCGCCCCCUGGCUCCUCACCGCCACCGCCGGGGUCUUCCUCUACGUGGCCCUGACCGACAUGCUCCCCGAGGCGCUGAGGGGCUCGGCCGGGGGCUCCUGGGGCCGCUUCGCGCUGCAGAACUCGGGGUUCCUGCUGGGGGCGGGCACCAUGCUGGGCAUCGCCCUGGCCGAGGGGCACCUGCGCUCCUGGCUGCGAACCUGAGCCCCCCCCCGGGACCCCCGGGACACCCCCCGGGACCCCCGGGACACCCCCCGGGACCCCCCCGGGACCCCCGCCCGG